AUGUCGAGUCUAGUAUCGCCAUACUAUUUGCAAUAUUUGGAAUACCUACCUGAUUUGCAGAAAACGGCGGGCGCUCUUAUCACGUUCACGCCGUUGUUUUCAUACGGAGCAACAUGCUAUGGUAUUUAUAAAAAGAAGAGUAGCGUGGGUUUUUCCAUAGAUAUAUGUGCAACAAUGCUUAUGUGCUCCAUAUUGAGGAUAUUCUAUUAUAUUAUCAGACCAUAUGAGAUUGCAAUUUUGAGGCAAAGUUUUGUGAUGAUCUUUAUUCAUUGUAUAUUGUUGAAAAUAUCGUUACAAUAUAGACCCCUGUCGUAUAAUCCGAAAUGCUUGCAUCAGUUUCCCAUAUUCAAAAAUGAAUUGAAUUCAAAUUUACCCAAUAGAAUGAACCUAUCGCUGAGAGAUCACGAAAGUUACUCAAGCGAGUCAAAUCUAGAGUUAGCAAAAGAUAUUGCUGCAGACUAUUUGCAUUAUUAUACUGUGUACUUCAAAAUUUUCUUUACACAAUUUUUAAACUUCUUUGAUGUGUAUUACAUGAGGCCCAUGCUUUUUUGGCAGUGGGUAGAGGUAAACAAAUACUGGGAAUUUUUGUUGAAAUUUUCUGGGUUUUUUGGUAUUUUAACCGUACUAUUUAUUAAAAAUCAAAAUUUUGGCGCUUUCAUUGGCUUUUUAAGUUUAUUUAUGGAAAGUUUGUUACCAUUGCCACAAAUCCUAUUGUUAAAUAGGCUACAAUCCAUCAAGAAUUUUAAAAGCGUUUUAUUAUUAAGCUGGUUAGGUGGCGAUUGUACAAAAAUUGGCUAUUUAUUACUUGGAGCAAAAGAUGUCUCCAUAAUUUUUAUACUUGCGGCGUUGUUUCAAAUGGGCUUAGACUUGAUAAUAGUAUUGCAAUACUUCCAUUUUCGCAAAUUAGAGCAAGAACCAAUAGCGAAAGAUAUUGAGCUUAAUACUAUGGUUUAA